UUUCCAGAACGCUCGGUGAAAAGGCGGAGGAGCGGCGGCUGCCCGAGCUGCGCACGGCAACGCGCUCCUUCCCGCUCCCCCACACCAACAUCGGCCCUCUCACCGCCUGUAGGAAAUGGUGAAAGAAACCACUUAUUAUGAUGUUUUGGGGGUCAAACCCAAUGCCACCCAAGAAGAAUUGAAAAAGGCUUACGGGAAACUGGCUUUGAAGUACCACCCUGAUAAGAAUCCAAAUGAAGGAGAAGGUAAAAAUGUUGUGCAUCAACUCACAGUAACCUUAGAAGAUUUAUACAAUGGUGCAACAAGAAAACUAGCUCUGCAAAAGAAUGUGAUUUGUGACAAAUGUGAAGGCCGGGGUGGUAAGAAAGGAGCAGUAGAGUGCUGUCCCAAUUGCCGAGGUACUGGAAUGCAAAUAAGAAUUCAUCAGCUAGGACCUGGAAUGGUUCAGCAAAUUCAGUCUGUCUGCAUGGAGCGCCAGGGCCAUGGGGAGCGGAUCAGUCCUAAAGAUAGAUGUAAAAGCUGCAAUGGAAGAAAGAUAGUUCGAGAGAAGAAAAUUCUAGAAGUUCAUAUGGACAAAGGCAUGAAAGAUGGCCAGAAGAUAACAUUCCAUGGUGAAGGAGACCAAGAACCAGGACUGGAGCCAGGAGAUAUUAUCAUCGUUUUAGAUCAGAAGGACCAUGCUGUUUUUACUCGACGAGGAGAAGACCUUUUCAUGUGUAUGGACAUACAGCUGGUUGAGGCAUUGUGUGGCUUCCAAAAGCCAAUAUCUACUCUUGACAACCGAACCAUAGUCAUCACUUCUCAUCCAGGUCAGAUUGUCAAGCAUGGAGAUAUCAAGUGUGUGCUAAAUGAAGGCAUGCCAAUUUAUCGUAGACCAUAUGAAAAGGGUCGCCUAAUCAUUGAAUUUAAGGUAAACUUUCCUGAGAAUGGCUUUCUCUCCCCGGAUAAACUCUCUUUGCUGGAAAAACUCCUACCUGAGAGGAAGGAAGUAGAAGAGACUGAUGAAAUGGACCAGGUAGAACUAGUGGACUUUGAUCCAAAUCAGGAAAGACGGCGCCAUUACAAUGGAGAAGCAUUCGAGGAUGAUGAACAUCAUCCUCGGGGUGGUGUUCAGUGUCAGACCUCCUAAUGGGGCCAGUGAAUAACACUCACUGCUGGCAUUUUAUUUGCAGUAGUGAUUGAGCGAAGGACUAUAAUCAUAAUAGGCUCACUACUUGCUAUUGUUUG